GAAUCGGUCAGGUGGUUCACGAGAUAUGGGUCAAAAUGUGUGCAUUUCUAACGAAAAAAUGACAAUUUCGGCCCUCUUUUCCGGACAUAAUCUCCUUAAAUUCCCAAAAAUCGGCAAGUCUAGAACCUGAGUAUCGUAGCUGGCAUCUAUACAAACAUUUUAAGUGCUUGGCCAAUCAGAUCUAUGGGCUGGUUUGCUCACAAGUUAAUCGGAUGCAGAAUAAGGGUGCUUCCCGAACAAAAGUUGGCCAAUUGUGUGUGACGGCUUUUUGAGGGUCAAUACACAAUCCAAAAUUUUUUCACCCAUACACUUUUUUUUCUUAGAAUUGGCCAAAUCUUCGGAUCGAAAAAUAAUAACCAUCAGGAAACAAAAAAAAAUUCCAACCGAGCUUCAUAGCCGAAAACACGUAUAUGUAGUAUAUGGGCACUAUUUCCGAAGGCAAAACAAGUAAGAAGAGACAGGAUGGCAAGAACAAAGAGAGGAUCCGGAUUCAAGUCCAAAGCUCGUAAAAUCGAUUAUAGAAACUUUCAAGAUGCGGUUGAACUAUUGACGCACUUGGAAUCCAUGAAGUCGGCCGGUUGGAACAUCAAAUUGUAUGAUUCGGUCACUAAAUCAUCUUCGACGAACAGGAUGCUUUGCCAACUGUUUGGCAUGACACCAAACCAAGAAAAUAAAAGUGCGAUCAAAGAUCUAAUUCGGCAUUUUCGUGCGUCAAGCCAAAUUAUACCGCCUUCGCCGAUGUCUAUUCGUCGAAGAGGCGAAGCUGCUCGGAAAAGAGCACAACAAGCUGCAGAUGCCGCAGCCGAACCUGAAGCUGAGGUAGAGCAACGUCGUUUGGCCGACCAUCCAAUGAUCAUUAAAGCGCAGCAUAAAAGCAUCGCUCCUAUCAGCAAUAGUCCCAAACCAAGUGCGUCGACCAGCCAAUGACCAUUUCAUCUUUUAGCCUCCGAAAUUUUUUCGAAGAAAUUUAUAAAUAAAAUGACCAUUGGGUUUUAGACA